AAUCACUUUAGCCGGGGUUUUCCCACCUUUCUGUUCGCACCUGCCCACAAUUCAAUUUUGCUUGAUGGCCCCCCCAAAAAUCCGUAACUUUUUAUCCAGCGCCUCGCGAUCGACUUCUCUCAACCUCAACGACAAGCCUGACAACAGCCAGUCUCACCCAGAGUCCCGUCGCCCAUCAUGUCUUCCCCCGCUCUGAACAAGAUCGCCGCCAACAGCCCUUCGAGGCAGAGCCCCUCCGAGUUGGAGACCAGCAUUGCUGGUGCUCUGUACGACCUCGAGAGCAACACUGCCGACCUGAAGGCCGCUCUCCGACCUCUGCAGAUUGUCUCUGCCCGUGAGAUCGAGGUUGGCCACGGCAAGAAGGCUAUUGCCAUCUUUGUCCCCGUCCCUUCUCUCCAGGGAUUCCACCGCGUCCAGCAGCGCUUGACCCGUGAGCUCGAGAAGAAGUUCUCUGACCGCCACGUCGUCUUCCUCGCCUCGCGCCGCAUCCUGCCCCGCCCCAAGCGCUCUGCCCGCUCCCGCAACACCCAGACCCAGAAGCGUCCUCGUUCCCGAACUCUGACUGCUGUCCACGACGCCAUCCUGACUGACCUCGUCUACCCCGUCGAGAUCGUCGGCAAGCGUCUCCGCACCAAGGAGGACGGCAGCAAGCUCCUCAAGGUUGUCCUUGACGAGAAGGAGCGUGGUGGUGUCGACUACAGACUCGACACCUACUCCGAGGUCUACCGCCGUCUCACUGGCCGUGGUGUCACCUUCGAGUUCCCCCAGUCCGGCUCUACUGAGUACUAGGGUUAGGCAGUAGCUGCACGGUGGGGAACCAAGGCGAACCGGAGUGACGAAACCCGGCGUUUUGACAUGGAAGGGCAUUCGGAAGGUAUUGGUUCAGCAUACAUGACUUCGAUGAUAGCAUGAAUGGACUUCUCUUCCCGGCGUAAAUACCAAAAAGGGCAUGGCGUUCAGAUAGCUUGUGAUAUUAAUUAACGAGCAUGGUUUUGAUGACAAGCCCAUAAA